AUGCACAUAAUCUUCAUUCUUUUGCUUAGAAUUGUCCUUCAAUUCGGAAAAGGAGCGCAAUUAAGAACGCUCUUAAUCUCCGCGGGUCUUCACACCAUAGUGGAUCGCGCUGACAGACUAGCCCUCGAGUCGCCAUCGUUACUACUAACCAACGCUUCCUCCGUCGAUACCCCUCCAGCCAAGCCUCUCCUGCCUCCUCGCGACGAGGGCGACAACGCGAGACUGACUAUCGUGUUGGACCUGGACGAAACCCUAGUCUGCGCGUACAACGCGGAGGACGUGCCGGAAUCCGUCCGUCAAGCAGCCGCCACCAGCGGCGUCAGUAGCUUCGAGCUCGAAUGCUCCACAGCGGAACUCGACGCAAGCGGGGAGCUGGAGAAGGCGCGGGUGACGGUGUUUGAGCGCCCAGGGCUGCGGGAGUUUCUUCAACGCGCCAGUUGCCUGGGCGAGCUCGUGCUCUUCACCGCCGGGCUGGAAGGCUAUGCUCGGCCGCUAGUGGACAGAAUCGAUCCCGAUGGGCUUUUCUCGGCCCGCCUCUACCGCCCCGCCACCGUCGCCAUAGGCACGAGGCAGCACGUGAAGGACCUCGGAGUGUUGGGGCGGGAUUUGCGCCGCACGGUGAUUUUAGACAACAACCCCUUUGCCUUCCUGUUGCAACCAGUUAACGGCGUGCCGUGUGUGCCUUUUUUCGGGGGCGAGGGGUCAGACAGGCAGUUGCUGAAAGUGCUCCUCCCACUGCUGGAAACACUAUCCCUGCACCCAGACGUGCGUCCCUUCCUCUCCACCCACUUCCGCAUGUCCCUGUGGCUGCGAGCCCAUGGGGUGCCGGUGGUCGACCACCACCCAACGUAG